CUCCACGAUCACCCCCUCCUCUCGCAACGCAGAGCCACAAAGCCCACUGUCUGCACCUCUCAGCCUCAGUGUGAAGAUGGUUGGCGGUUCGUGCGCUCGCAGGUUGGCUCGCCGCUCACGGUCUGCCUUGAUCGCAGCUCUUACUGUAUUGCUGGUGCAGACACUCAUAGUAUGGAACUUCAGUAGCCUGGACUCGGGAGAAGAGAGGGAAAACGGAGGCUCCAACAUCAGAGAAAAGAGAGACCGGAUCGGUGGCAACAAAGCCGGCAGCGAAUAUCUGAAAAGCGGGCUUCAAGAGCAACAUCUUCAGCCUCACCUCGGAAAGGGAACCGUUCGACAUAAACAACAACCGGACGGCUACCACUCCCACCGGCCGAAGGAGAAAGUGCGGGUGGACAGCAACAACGAGAACUCGGUGCCCAAGGACUUCGAGAACAUCGACAACAGCAACUUCGGGGCGCGCUCGCAGCCCCAGAGACGCACGGCCGCCCAGCGCAAGGACAGGCCUCAGGAGAAGGGCCGGGGCGACCCGGCAGCCAGCCUGAGCAAGAGCUCCAAUGAGGUCAUCCAGUACGCCGAGGCCAAGGGAGGUCCGGCCCCCGCCCCGCCCGCACGCAACCGCACGCACCCCCGCACCACGGGCCCCGGCCAGCAGGCCCCUCAGCACCGCCACCACCACCCGCCCGGCAAGCGCCCCGCCUCCCCCACCCCCGACAUCACCUACGACCAGCCCCCCAAGUGCGAGAUCAACGGCAAGGAGGCCAUCUCCGCCCUGUCCCGCGCCAAGACCAAGGAGUGCCGCCAGCAGAUCGCAGAGGUGUACUGCCGCCAUAAGGAGGGCCAGCUCAUGCCCGAGAAGGUCUCCCGAUACUGCCCCCUGGAGGGCAAGGCGAGUGUCAAUGUCCAGUGGGAGGACGAUUCGAGCGAGAGUGUGCCGGCCACGCCCGUGCGGAUCGCCUUCGUGUUGGUGGUGCACGGCCGGGCUUCACGGCAGCUGCAGCGCCUCUUCAAGGCCAUCUACCACUCCUCACACUACUACUACAUCCACGUAGACCUGCGCUCCAACUACCUACACAGACAGGUGGUGGCGCUGGCGAGCCAGUACCCCAAUGUGCGGGUGACGCCCUGGCGCAUGUCCACCAUCUGGGGCGGGGCCAGCCUGCUCACCAUGUACCUGCAGAGCAUGAAGGAUCUGCUGGUCAUGAGCGAUUGGUCCUGGGACUUCUUCAUCAACCUCAGCGCCGCAGACUACCCAAUCAGGACCAAUGCACAACUGGUCGCCUUUCUGUCCAAAUACCGAGACAUGAACUUCAUCAAGUCCCAUGGAAGAGACAACGCCCGGUUCAUCCGGAAGCAGGGUCUGGACCGCCUGUUCUUCGAGUGCGACACGCACAUGUGGCGUCUGGGUGACCGCCGGAUCCCUGAGGGCAUCACGGUGGACGGCGGCUCUGACUGGUUCCUGCUCAACCACAAGUUCGUGGAGUACGUCAUCACCUCCCAGGACGAGCUGGUCACCAGCAUGAAGCGCUUCUACUCCUACACCCUGCUCCCUGCCGAGUCCUUCUUCCACACCGUUCUGGAGAACAGCCCUCACUGCGACAGCAUGGUGGACAACAACCUGCGCAUCACCAACUGGAACCGCAAGCUGGGCUGCAAGUGCCAGUACAAGCACAUCGUGGACUGGUGCGGCUGCUCGCCCAACGACUUCAAACCGCCCGACUUUCACCGCUUCCAGCAAACGGCCAGACCCACGUUCUUCGCCCGUAAGUUUGAGGCCAGCGUGAACCAGGAGAUUGUGAACCAGCUGGACAGCUUCCUGUUUGGCGGCGCGGUGGCGGGCGCGGCGGGGCUCCGGGCGUACUGGGAGAACGUGUACGACGAGCCGGACGGUCUGCACAGCCUGAGCGACGCCCAGCUCACCCACUACCACUCCUUCAGCCGCAUGGGCCUGCUGCGCGCCGCCAGCGCCCUGCAGGGAGACCCCAACGACAGCAGCUGCAGGUACUUUCCCAUGGGCCACCCGGUGUCAGUCCACGCGUACUUCCUGUCCGACCGCUUCCAGGGGUACCUGGUGAGGCACCACGCCACCAACCUGGCCACCAGCAAGCUGGAGACCAUGGAGACCUGGGUCAUGCCCAAGAAGGGCUUCAAGAUCGCCAACCCGCCCAACAGCUUCACCCGCCUACAGUUUGCAGAGAUUGGGACAGAGUGGGACGCUAAAGAAAGAUUGUUCCGGAACUUCGGGGGGCUGAUGGGGCCCACAGAGGAGCCGGUGGGAAUGCAGAAGUGGGGCAAAGGCGCCAACGUGACUGUGACGGUGGUGUGGGUGGACCCCACUAACGUCAUCGCCGCCACUUACGACAUCCUGAUCGACGCCAGCGCGGAGUACACGCACUACAGACCCCCCCUGAACCUGCCCCUGAGGCCCGGGGUGUGGACUGUGCGUGUGCUGCACCACUGGACCCCGGUGGCCGAAACGCGCUUCCUCAUCACGCCCCUGGCCUACAGCAAGCACCAGCCCAUCCGCCAAGAGGAUGCCCUGAGGUUCCACAACGGGCCGGCCAAGAACAGCUACAUGGAGCAGAGCUUCCACGGCCUGAACCCGGUGCUGAACAUCCCGGUGCACCUGGGCCAGGUGGAGGAGGCCCAGCGCAACGCGGGCCUGACGGGGGCCGAGCUGGAGCGCUGGGUGGACAGCCUGGUGCGGGAGGUGUGGUCGGCCGUGGACGUGUGUUCGACGGGCCCCAGCGCCUGCCCCGUCAUGCAGGCCUGCGCCAAAACGGCCUGGAGCUCCCUCAGCCCCGACCCCAAGUCCCAGCUGGGGCCGCCCGGCGCCGACGGCCGCAUCAGGUAGCACCCUCUGCUGGCCAGGAGGCUCCGCGGUUACGGUUGUUUUUUAAAUUAUGAUUUUUUAUUUCUGUCAUCCCUUAUUGAGAAAUGAAGUGCAUUUUUAUACAUUUUUAAGAAAACGUUAGGCAGAAAACGCGAUGAAAUGACAAGCACCAAUCCGGGGGGUGUUCUGCAAAAGUUUUAGAGUAUUCCCUUCUGGUCUGAUAGGCUUUUAGGUUUUAUUUUCUUAAGUAUUUUUUAAUUUUAUUACGGACAAUACUGUGAUUGAUGCUUCGGUUCCUGUAUUUGGAUGAGAGGAAAGCAGUGCUACAGAAUGCCUUGCCCAUGCUGAGUAAAGGGACAAGAGACUGAUCUCACAACAUCUGAAUGCAGCAAGCGUACUGUAGAGUGCACAUUAAACACUGGUAGCCAGACCAAAAGGGAAUCUCGUCUGGGUAGUUCUUACUGUCGCGCACUCCAGAGACACUCGAACGCUCCUCCGAACAGGCGCUCGGAUUUAUUUAAGAAGCACAGAUCCGGGCCAAAAUCAGCCUGGCAGUGCGCGUAUCUCUGGCAGGAUCACAGCACUACUAAACCGUGGGAGUUUAGAGUGGAGGUCUGGAGAGAAGGCCUGCGGCCCGGGGCCCUGAUGCAGGAGGGAGCCCUGGGUGGAGGCGGGGUGCUGUCGAUGUGUAUCGGGGUGUCGGAGCGUUGCUCCUGCAGACUGCCCGAAACUUGAAGUGCGGGCGUGUCAGCUGUGCUGGCGCUCUGCUCCUCCAGCGUUUCUCUUCUCUGUUUCUUUUAUUGUAUGUACACUUAUUAUUUUUGACCAAGCUGGGAAAAAAAGCUGAAAGAAAUUAACGUUGGGUUGGAAAAUGAGUAAUGAGUAGCUAUUUAUUUAUAAGUUUAUAUAAAUACAAAUAUUUUUAGUCAAUGACUAAUGACUUCACGCUGCUUUUGCAGCUUGGUGAAUAUUUUUUGUAAACAAGCUGCCUUUAUUUACAAAGGCCAUCGCCCCGAUCCGGUACCUGUAGGCAGAGUCCUGUGUCUCAGUGUGGUCCAGUCUCAGUAAAAUCCCUAUAGCGCUAUAUUACAUAUUUCAAGCACAUUACUUAUAACUCCAUAGCUGGGGGCUAACGGGUCAGCCGAUCCUUCCAACUCCUCCAGUUUGGAAAGUAUAAAAAAACAUUAAAAAUGAAGAUUAAUGUUGUGUUGUGCAAUUCUUUAAUUGGUCGAUGUUGGUCCCAGAAUGUGAGUGCUUUCAGUGCUGUGAUAACAUGUAUUAAUGAACAUUUUGGUUCAGGUUGGAUCAAAUGACAAAUUAACUGAACUGUCAGAUUAACCCCCAGGGCUGUUGAAUUGUAGAGACAAAUGUCACCUCAUUGGCUCCAGUAGUGAUAAGCGUUCUCUGUCCUGCUGCUCUGGUCACACUCACUCUCUGUGUGUGCUUUCUAUGGUUUUAAUUUCUCUGGAAACCUGCAAGCUCUCUGCUUUGCUCAGUAAAAAAUAAUCAAAAACCAAAAUCAGGAAAAUACCUCCUUCUUCAUUGGCCUGUCAAAUACAAAGAGACUCAUCUUGAAUGAAUCAGUCAAAAAAAAAUCAAUUUAUCAUUCCCACUGAGCUUAAAGUGUCGAUUACAAACAUAGUUCAUAGUUAUUUUAAGAUCAGUCAGUCUGCCCUCCGCAAGCCUUUUGCUGGUGAGAUUAAAGAUGGAAUGAGGUCUGGGACUUUUAAUUGAAUGACUUUCAUGGUGCAUUGUGGGAUGUGAAGGAGGCCCUGCGCCAGCCCUCCUGCGGAAGGCCUCGGGUCACUGCGGCCCGGGCCCCGUCGUACUGGACUGACACCUCAGCACUUACUGCCACCGAUGCUGUAUAGUCACUCGUGCUGAUGUCCUCCGUAGCGGAAAGCACCACUGCUGCUGCUACAUCCCAUCUCACAGGCCUCUGCUCACGGACCUGCUCACCGCACUGAUGCUCAUUGGGCGCUGAUGCGGCAGCACCGGAGUGACUGGGGCAGGUGUUCCUGUCCUCUCACACGUGUCAGAGUCAGACAGAGACCGCCAUCGAAGCUGAGCCGGGCAGAGAGCCGCGCAGACAGCAGGGUGUGAAAGCUCGCCGCCGAGAGAGAGCCCGGUCCGGCCUGGUCUCACUGCAGACACCAGGGCCUGCGCUCCUGCAGUGAGAUCAGGUGUCUCAGCAGCACAGUACUGUAAAUACUGUUCUGCACUCAUGUCAACCUGUACGUUUUGUAGUAACGGGCCAUAAACGGGUGCAUUCUCAAAGAGUGCACUCUUUGUACACACUCAAAGUUGUGUGUGUUUUUGAGGGUUGGGAGGACAGAAAUGGGGAAUCUUCCUGGAACACAUGUACAGUGCUGGCACGAAUUAUGGAAACACUGCAUUCGAUUUUGAUGAUUAAUGCAAUAUUUUGCAACAAUUUCUCUUUUGGACAUGAUGUUAAAUGUAAAUUGAGCAGUCUAUUGUUGAACGUUUUAUAAUCAGCUUGGAUUGGUAUCUCGUUGUCCGGUGUAUUUCUAUAUACGAUAAUGAUAUUCAUGCAAAGAAAAUUAUUUUUAUUUUUAUUCUUGCCUUGUAUACUUUAUUUCAAAUUACUGAUGGUCACAUAAGGUCAUUUGCCCUUGUGGUUAAGAAGAUAACCGCUUUGAAUACAUUUUUACAGACUUUACAAAAUUGCACAGAGAAAACUUAAGAGUACAAAACUUAUUUAAGCACAGUGUUUCCAUCAUUUGCAGCAGUACUAUAUUCGUCUGAUUGUAAGGGAAAUUGAGGGCUUCGUAAUUAACAGUUGUAAUAUUGUUUCUGAGGACUUUGUCGUGUACACAACACAGAAUCAUGGGUUUGAAGCUGAUUUCCUUUCCUGUGUUUCACUUCCUGCUGUGGGUAAAUUAUGUGUUUAACGGCGUUGUCAACGGAGAGAUUGACAAAGUAAUCAAACAUGAAUGGUGGGGGCGGGGUAAUGCACACAAAAAUGGUGGGUGAAAACAUCUCUCUGCUGUCACAAGCCGGCUAACAUUUCAGCACAAUGGAAAAUACUUAAGUGGCAUUUACAUUUCUUGAAAGAGUCGCAAACCGUCAGUUGUUUUCCUUUAAGGAAAAUGCCCAAGGGCCUCUGGUGAGCCACGGAUGGAGGUAGAUCAAACAGGAUAUCUGUGUGGCCCUGUCCAUGCACCUUCAAUUGAGUCCUUCAUACUUCACCCAUUGUUUAAAAAUGAUUAUUUAAAAAAAUAAUUCUACAAGUUAAUCUAUGUGAAAUAACUAUUUUGUUAUAAAUAAUAUACAUGAAGAAAAUGUACAUAGGUAUUUUGUAAUGGGAAGAUGUUUAAAAAAAAGUAUUGUAAAUACUGUUCUGUUCAAAGGUAAAAAAUAAAUGAAGGUACAGACAUGGAUAAAAUUAAGAAUCUCGCUGCCUAGCACAUGAAGAGACAUUUAAGACGUGGUGUAUGUUUUGUAAAUGUAUCGAAUCCACAAGGAAGCGGAAUUAGUUUGGACGCUCUUUGUCAGUAUUCACCGUUCAGAGAAUAUCAUGUCGGAUUGUUGUUCUCUCUGCUGGAAUGUUUUGUUGAGCAACUGUUGCACAAACUUCUCUGAAUUCCCCAUUCCCUCUACUACAGGGGAGCUCUGUGCCUUAGCUGUUGUCCUGUCUAGGGAACUAUUACUUUGUGUCUAUGAACAAAAAUGAUAUUUCUUUCAGUUCUGCAACAAUGGAAAAGUACCAUGCUGUAUGUGAAGAUAAUGGUAACAAACCAAAAAGAUGUCCGCUGAUGUAAAUAUGAGGCCUUCUUUUUUUCUUUUCUUUGUUUUCGUUUGUUUGUUUUGUUUUUUGAAUUUUAAAAUAAAAGAUAUUGAAAUAUUCA